AGCGGCAGCCACUCUGGAGUGUGCGGCCCGCAGAGUUCAGCAGGACUGUCAAUGGCAGGAUACCAGCUCUGGUCACCAUGGACCCCACUGGAUGAGAGCUUCCAAUGGCUGCGGCAUACAACACCUACACCUUCUUCCAAGCACCCCUUUAGGGCUUCCCCCUGCUUCCCACACACCCCUUCUGAUCUUGAAGUGCAGCUGUGCUUUCAAGAGGUCACUCUAGUUCUAGAUAGCCCAUUCCUAGAGCCUAGGGUGAGUCCCAAGUUGCCCUGCCACACAUCAGAGCUCCGAACCAUGAACAACAAGAAAGGGCUGGUCAGGAAGCCCCAGCCUGUCCGCCUCAGUGGAGUGGAUUCUGUCUUUGGCAGGGUCAUCACGGCUCAGCCGCCAAAGUGGACUGGGACCUUCAGAGUUUCAGACAAGUCAGCCUUCUGCAAAAUCAUCAGCCGGGAGCACCAGUGGCCCACUGGACUUAAGGAGCCUCAGAUUCAGAUGACAGUGACCAUGUGCAAACAGAUGCUGCGCUCCAUCCUCUUGCUGUAUGCAACUUACAAGAAGUGCACCUUUGCCUUGCAACACUCCAAGUAAAGGGUCCUCAUCGGAUCCCCAUUCCUCACACCACGCCUUCUGCUGUGUGCCUGAAGCUUACAUAGACCUUUGCAUGUAAAGGAAACUGUGUUUGCCCCAGCCAUCUUGCUUUCCUCAGUCAAGCACUGACAAUUCAGGAGCCCCUCUCCUUCCUUCCCCUCCAAAAAUGGGCCAGUGACAGAGCAAGGGAGCACAUUUGCACUGUAAAGCUGAACAACCAUUUAAAAGAGUCAAACUCGCACUGACAUGUACAUGUGAUAAAGAAUUAUUAAACAAACCAUAUAAACCAA